AUGGGAAUAAGUAUGGAAAAUACAAAACGAAAUCUCCCCCUGGGUAUAGAACUUUUACCUGGUGAAACUGUUGAAAUAUUAGAAACGACGACUUCAAUAAAAUUAUUUGAAGCAACCGUCGAAGGGGGAUUUACAGAAUGUGGUGAUGUUGGUAUCGGUGAAUUAUACAACUUGACGGAUAUCAUCAAUGAGUCCACGAUGUUAGUUACCAAUUAUCGAAUUUGCUAUCAACCAAUGAAAAAUCUUUCAAAAUCUUUAUACUCUUCUACAUCAUCAAUGUCAUCAAUAGUAGAAACAAGUCAUCCACGUACAGUACAAAUACCACAUUUAUCAAUUGCUCAAAUUGAUGAAUCACAAAAAAAUCAGAUCAUUAUAUCACUAAAACUUUCCCCAUUAAAAUAUUUGAUUAAAUUUUCUAAACCAAAACCAAAACCAAAACCUAGUAAUAAUAAUGGUAAUGGUCUUAUACACAAUAGGGCAAAUGCAAAUUCUUUGUGUCAUGACUUUUCUUUUAUAUUGAAGAAAUUUAUUAGACCAAAUAGUAUCGAAAAGCUUUUUGGUGGAAUUAGUAGUGAGGAAGAAGUUGAUGAUGAUUUUUUACGGAGAGGAUUAGAUAAAAAUGUUUACAGGCGAUAUCAUAAACUAGGAUGGUCUAAUGGUUAUAAAAUUCAAAAAGAAUUUGGGAGGAUGCAAAUGAGCAAAGAUUCAUGGAGCAUUGCAUCAUAUAAUGAUGACUUUUCGUUGUCGCCAACUUAUCCAAAGGAUUUCAUUUUACCUUCCCGUAUCCUUAAGAAGGAUGCAAUAUUUGCAUGCGAGUCUUUUGAUACAAGUGCAAAGAGUGAUUCUUAUGAAAUUUCAACAGCAUUACAAUCGAGCCCUGAAUUUUUCCAAAAACUUGUAAAAUUUAGAAAAAAUGGACGAUUUCCAAUAAUUUGUUGGAAGAGAGGUCAUCACGUAUUAAUGAGAAGUGGCCAACCAAUGGUUUCAAUAUUAGGUUGGAGAGGUAUAGAAGAUGAAUUAUUAAUAAAAGAGGUGCUUAAAGCAGUUAACGAAGAACAACAACAACAUAUAGUUAAUAUAUCAAAAUAUUAUUCAAGUAAAAUUAGUAAUGGUAAAUAUGAUAAAUUCCCUCAUAAAAAAUAUAAUGGAUUACAAGAAAAGUGUACAAAUACAAAAAUUUGUAUUUUGGAUGCAAGAAGUUAUUCUGCUGCAUUUUCCAACGGCUUAGCUUGCGGUGGAUAUGAAAAAUGUGAAAAUUAUCCACCAAAUACGACAUUGCAAUUUCUUGGCCUGUCAAACAUUCACGCCAUUUCUGCUUCACAUUCAUCCUUAUUAAGUGCUAUCGCAACUCAUGCUUCGUCCUCUAAAUGGUUCUCAGUAUUAGAAUCUACUGGUUGGUUAGGUCACGUUGCUGAUUUGUUAAAAGCUGCUGGAGGGAAAGAUGGUGUCGUUGGAAAAAUCGUUGAUGAAGAUGCAAGUGUUUUAGUGCAUUGCACGGAUGGUUGGGAUAGAACGACUCAAUUAGUGUCUUUGUCACAAAUAAUGUUGGAUCCAUUUUACCGAACUAUAAAAGGAUUUCAAGUAUUAAUAGAGAAAGAAUGGAUCGCGCAUGGACAUCCAUUUAGAGCACGUGGUGACCUCCCAACUAACAUUCGAAACGAUGAUUCUCUAAUUACGCCUAGAGAGGAAGAACAAUCAUCUACGAGACCAAAUUGUCAACAGCCACUUGCAGUGCAAUCAGCACCCGCACCAGUGUUUCUUUUAUUCCUAACAUGUUUGCAUCAUUUGCUACAGCAGUUUCCUUCGUCAUUUGAAUAUAAUGAUUUUCUCUUGUUAUGUUUGGCAAGAGCUGCAGCAGGAAAUUCGCCUUAUGGUGAUUUUCUUUGUAAUUCCGAAUGUGAAAGAGAAUAUGUUCGAUUAAGAGAAAGGACGAAAAGUAUUUGGUCAUGGGUUAGAGAACAUAAACAAUGGUUUAGAAAUCCAAGGUAUGAUCAAAAUACCAAAUAUGAUAAUCAAAAUAAUAUUGGCGUAUGGUUUGAUGAUAAAUGGAAAAAGGAAGUUUUAAGACCCGAUACGGGAGCUAGGUUCAUCACUUUAUGGAACGAAUAUUAUUUUCCCAAAGAUAAUUUUUCUAUAACGUUAUUAUCAAUCCCUCCAGGCUAUGAAAUACCUUUCCCUACUGGAUUGGUCGCAACUUCGAGAUCAUGUCAUUCUUCUGAAUAUGCACUUAUUAAACUUUUAAUGAAAAGUAAAGAGAGAAGAAUUGCCGAAAAGGUUUGGAAGAUUUGGAGAUCUUUUGUAUUAGAAAAGAAAAACAAUCAAUUAUUAUCAAUUAAAAAACUCGACGGUGAUGAUGAUAUAAAUAAUGUUGAAAAUGAUGAGAUGGAAGUUGAAUUGAUGGGAGCUUCGGUUUGGCAUGAUUCGAAUAUUGUGGUGACGGACAAGAAGGAUAUAAGCAAGCAAUCUAAAGAAAAUAGUAUUAUUGAUGAUAAUGCGGAAUCAAAAUUCCUUUUGGUCAUGUCACCAGAAAAAUCAAAAAUUCACGAUAAUCAUCAUAAAAAUUAUUUUAAUGUACCUUCACCGACAUAUUUAUCUCCAUCGCUGAGUGAAUUAUUACCAGCAAAGGAGGAUUAUUUUUCAGAAGAGGAAGAGCCAAAACCCGUUUAUCCUGCAAAUAAAGGGGAAGAAGAAAGAAGUUCAUCAUCACCACAACAAUGGGUUUAUUUAUGUAGACAAAAUCAAAAACUUGAUGAUUCAAAAGAUUCAUCACAGACGUUGGCUGAAUUACUUAAAGAAGCUCAACUAGAUGAUCAUUAUUUAUGCCAAAGUAAAUGUCGUGACUCUAAAAUAAUAGUUGAUUUGUUAUCAGAAGCCCAAUUAGAUAAUGAUUCCUUACUACCGAAGCAAAGAAAUAUAUCAGCCAGUAGCAAUCCUUUAUUAUCGAAGCAAAGAAACACGUCGGCUAGUAACAAUUCUUUAUCAUCGAAACAAAGAAAUAUGCCAACUAGCAAUAUUUCUUUAUCAUCGAGGCAGAGGCAUAUGACAAAUAUUGAUGACAAUUCUUUAUCGCCAAAGCAAAGAAACGUGUCAACUAAUGAUAAUAAUUCAUUACCUAAACAAAGAGAGAUGUCAACCAAUAAAGGAAUUUCACCUACUUCGCCGUCAAGAAAUUGUAGAAAUUCUAUUCGUACAAACCAUUUUACGGAACCCAAUUGUGAUUUAAUUUCAAAUGAAAUUAAUUCCAAUAUUGGUUUAAAUUCUGUUGAAAACGAUCUCACCGAAUUUGUAUUAGUUUAA